AUUCUCUGUGCAUGCGCGGCGAUGCGCUGUGUCUGAGGAUCCCCGAUUACGGAAAGAGCCGAAGAUGUCGGCUCAGUCAUGUGAUCAGCUGUGUCCAAUCACAGCUGAUCACAUCAGUGCCAGCCUCCCAGUGUCCAUCAGUGCCACAUCAAUGCCACAUAUCAGUGCCUACCAGUGCACAUCAAUGCCACAUAUCAGUGCCCAUCUGAGCUGCCUUUCAGUGUCACCCAUCAGUGCCAGUCAGUACCACCUAUCAAUGCCAAUCAGUGCCACCUAUCAGUGCUGCCAAUCAGUGCCACCUAUCAGUGCGCAUAAGUGGCGCCUAUCAGUGCCAGUCAGUGCCGCCUAUCAGUGCGCAUCAGUGGCGCCUAUCAGUGCCAGUCAGUGCCGCCUAUCAGUGCGCAUCAGUGCUGCCUAUCAGUGCCACCUAUCAGUG